CCGCCGCUCCAGUUCCGGAGCAUGCGCGUCGAGGACCUGGAGCCCAUCAAGGCGCUGCACGAGGAGUGGUUCCCCGUGCGCUACAGCGCGGCGUUCUACGACGCCGCGGUCCGCGAGCGCAUGGUCGGCACGCGCGAGCCGCUGCACACGAUCGUCGCCGAGGACGCGCGGACCCUCGAGAUCGUGGGCCUCGUCACGGCGCAGCUCACGGACGCGGCGACCUGCGGCGACGAGCUCUUCGAGCCCGCGCGCGACUUCCGGGCCGAGGAGUGCUCGCGGGUCAUGUACGUGCUCACGCUCGGGAGCGCGACGCGGUACCGGCGGCGGGGCAUCGCCAAGGAGCUCCUGCGGCGCUGCGUGCUGCGCGCCGAGGCGGAGGCGGGCUGCGGCGCGGUCUACCUCCACGUCAUCACCUACAACGACGCCGCGAUCGAGUUCUACGAGCGCAACGACUUCUCGCGGCUGCGGGAGAUCGCGGACUACUACCGCAUCGACGGCGCCUCCCACGCCUGCUACGUCUACGCGCUCUUCCUGAGCCGCGCGCGCGCC